CGUCAACAAAAUAUUCUCAUUGCAGAUGAUAAUUCUCCUGAUAAGAUGAAAACAACUGGCGUGAGCAAUAGCAAUAAUAAUAAUAAAAUUUAUUCAGAUAAAUUUCAAAUUAUUGAAAGCAUUUCGGAAAGAAAUAACAAUAACAGUCCAUCGAUCGAUUUGUUAAGUUACUCAAAUAUCAGUAACAAUAAUGUUUACGCCGACAUAGUCGACUUAGACGAUACAGAUUCUCAUAGUCUCAUGUAUAGUCAAAAUGCACAGCAAUGGGGACGUCAUGACCGUACGUUGAGUAACAAUAUCGGCCGAAAGCCUUUUGACGACCAGAGCUUAUACUUGGCAAACUCAACAUCAAGAUCUGUACAUAGCUCGUAUGAUAGAAGCUAUCAUCACCCUCACUCUCAAGAUCAUCGACGACAUUACAGCAGCAGUGACUUAAACUAUCUGCAACAACCACGUCCACAUUCACAGAAUUCAUAUUACAGUAGAACAUCUUCACAGCCAAUUAAAGACUAUAGCAAUAAUACAGUUCAAUCGCCAUUAGCUUUACAUUCAACGAAUAAUAUUCAAACGGUUAAGACCGGAUUGAAUAAAAAUAGUUCAGCUGUAGCUGCUUCAUAUAACAGUAACAGUAACAGUAAUAGUAGAGCAAUGAGCAGCAAUAGUAAGAUGUCAAAUGACCAAAAGCAUAUGCCAUCCAAUUCAUCAACGGGACGAAGCAGCAAAACUGUCAAUUCGAAUCACCUUAAAAAGAAGGUCAUUUCGCCUGAGGAAGUUAUUCAACUCUUUUCAGUUCCACAACAUCAUGGACAUCACCCCCAACAUCCACAUUUAACAGGUUUUCUAGGACAUCAUAAUCAUGGUGCUGCUGGUGCUCGACAGCGAACGAGCAGCGGUUCAGCAAUUAUUAACGAGAAUCAAAGGGGAAGAAAAAGUCCAUCAUCGGCUUCAAGUCCGCCAACAAUGACUCAUCAGCUUUAUCGUGGUGCACCUGGUGGUGCUGUUGGAGGUGUUGAUGUGAUGAGAGAUCAUCAUAUUAGUCACAGUAUACCAAAUAUCCAUCAAUUAUCAACUCGAACUAUACAUUUGAAACGAAGUGAUAGUACAAAAGGAAAUAAUUUAAGUUUGCCACUAAAACAAACAUCACAUCAACACCAUUCAAGCUCGAGUUAUCAUAGUAGCAAAUCAAACAGUAAAGACACUCAAUUGCAAUCAAAUAAAGCUGAUGAUCCAAGUCAUAAUGGAUUCGGUAUUUGCAUUAAGGGAAAUAAAACGACCGGUCGUGGUGUUUAUAUAGCAAAAGUUGAAAUCGGUUCGCCAGCUUAUCAAAAUGGUUUGCGUGUUGGUGAUUCAAUACUUGAAAUAAAUGGUCAACCAUUCACAUCGAUGCAUCAUGAAGAAGCAGUUAAGAAAUGUACACAAAUAUUAAAAGCUGAAAAGUUUUGUUCAAUGACAGUUCGAUCACCAGAACUUGCAACAAUGAAAUAUAAUAGUUUUGAUGAAUCUCAACUUCAUCAUUACCCGAGAGACGAAGAACUUUAUAUUCCUGUUCCAAUGGCAAAUGAAAUGCAUGCAACAACAGAUUCAGGUUCAAUUCAUUCAUCACCACCACAGAAAGUUGGUUGUUUAUGGAUUGACAGACAUGGACGGUCUGUGUCACCACCACAUGAUUAUAAUCAUCGACGCAUCGAUAAAAUGGAUCGAGUUAGACGAAUAGAUUUAUUAAUUGAACAUGGUCAAUCGCUAGGAUUAAUGAUAAGAGGUGGGAUUGAGUAUGGUUUGGGGAUUUUCGUCACGGGAGUUGAUAAGGAUAGCGUAGCAGAAAGAUCUGGUUUAAUGAUUGGUGAUCAAAUAUUAGAAGUUAACAAUCGAUCAUUCCUGGAAAUAACUCAUGACGAAGCCGUCAACUUACUCAAGAACCACAAACGUAUGACACUUUUAAUUCGAGAUAUCGGAAAAAUUCCAUAUUCUUGCUCCUACAACAAUUAUCCGCAAUCUUCAUCUUCUUGGCACGCUGGAGAUACAUCCACAAGUCGUCAUAGCACUUCAAUUAAAACAGUUAAAAAGAAUUGUAGCAUAUCGUCGAUCGAGGAGAAGGCGAGGUUACUUUUGUCACGUAAUCACUUUUUAAAUUUGAUUCACAAUAUAUCUGAAUAUGGUGGAAGGGGAAUGCCCAUUGAAACGUUUGUCACAAUUUUAUUAGAGCUGUUAGAUACUCCUGAGAAGCAUAGUCUAGUUUCUGAAAUUCGUGAUAUAGUUUAUCCGGAGGAUAGGCUGCGUUUUGACGAGUUAAUGUUCCGUCACGGAGUUACUGUAAAUGUUUUAAGCAAUAAUGUAGCUACUCUUUAUGGCCGUAGUGGAGGAGUUUUUAAAAAUAGAAUUGGAAAUAGAGGCAGCGAUGCUCAGUUAAAUCAUUCAGGAUUACACUCAGGGAGCUACUUUGACGGAAUUCGUUCGAUAACGCAGAAGUUGCAAUCAUGGUAUUUUGGACGACCAUUAUCGCGACAGAUGCUAAGGAAUGAAGCACAUAAUUCCAUGUCACAUGAAGCUCGUGAACACGCAAGAAAGCAAUCAAAUGAGAUGAGGUCGAACCUUCAGCAUGAUAUUGAUGGAAAUUUACUCGUCACGAUUCCGAAAACGAAGCCAAUCCUUGGAAUUGCAAUUGAAGGUGGUGCAAAUACAAAACAUCCACUUCCGAGGAUAAUUAACAUUCAUGAAAAUGGAGCUGCCUUUGAUGCUGGCGGUCUCGAAGUUGGUCAAUUAAUUUUGGAAGUCGACAAUCAUAAAGUAGAAGGAAUGCAACAUCAAAACAUUGCUAAAUUAAUAGCUGAGAGCUACACGAAAUCAGAUCGACACUUCAUCAGUUUUCUGGUUACAGAAGCGAAGAAGUCAAACUUGGAGCCUAAGCCAACGGCCCUUAUUUAUCUAGAAACUGUUAUCUCACUUAAAGAGAGAUUUUUAGGAAAAAAAGAUAAGAAUAAAGAAAACCAAACGAUAAAUGAAAUUGGACUUCCAACAAAUGUUGUUCGCGGUCUUCAUGUGAGUAAAAACUUAUUGACUGGUGAUCUUGAAGGUCUACCAAAGGCAUGGACAAGACUUCUCAAAUCGACAAUAACUGAAGAUGAACAAGCUGAAAAUCCCAGUGCUGCGUAUCAAGCGGUUAAGUACUACAAUUACUCGAUCAAGAAGAAAGAUAAUGUUGAGCCAUUUAAGCCUUUCAUAACUGAGGAAGCGAUUGUAGAAGAAAGUGCAGAAAUUGAUGAAUUCUUGAAUGCCAAAAAUGCUCACAAUUCUGAAGAUUCAUUUGGUGAUAGUAGUGAUGAGAAUUUUCAAACGUCACCACCUGAAAUUCCACCAGAAUUACCACCACCUCUGCCAAAGAAAACAAACACAAUGCCUCCACAACAAAAGCCAGCACUUCUCCCCAAACCCAAUCUUAAGCCGAAACCACGCACAAAUAAUUUACAUAAGGGAAGAGAAGAUUUACGAUUUAUCGGUGAUAAGGACAGUUCGAGUGAAGUUAAUGAUAACAACCUCGAUAAUCAUUCAUAUAACAAUAUAAAAUCAACUAUUGUUGCAAAGAAACCUGACUUUAUGCCAUCAAAUGAUAACACAAAUAAUAACACAUUUAUCGUAAACGACAAUCAAACGAGUGACGAUGAGCCAAUAUUACGUUCAAAGAAACCACAUCAGCGCAUCACAAAGACCGAUGAAGAAGUUUACAUGGAACUUCGGAGUAUAUGCAUUCUCACCGAUCCACUUAAUAAAUAUGCAAAGACAAAGGAAGUUGGAAAAGGUGCAAGCGGUGUCGUUUUCAUCGCAUCCGAUUUAGAAACACAAAAGCAAGUUGCCAUCAAAACAAUUGAUUUGAAGAAUCAAUCAUCCAAAGAGCUCAUAUUGAACGAGAUUCGUGUGCUGAUUGAUUUCAAUCAUAAGAAUUUAGUUAAUUUUCUUGAAGCAUAUUUUCUCGAGGAAUCAGAUACAUUGUGGGUGGUUCUAGAAUAUAUGAACGGUGGACCGUUAACUGAUGUUGUAACGGAAACAGUCAUGAAUGAGCGACAAAUAUCAGCAGUUUGUCGAGAGGUGCUCAGCGCAAUUAGUUUUCUUCAUCAGAAAGGGAUUAUUCAUCGUGACAUUAAGUCGGAUAAUGUUUUAUUAGGUCUCGAUGGCACUGUUAAAGUAACAGAUUUUGGAUUUUGUGCCAAUAUUGAGGAGCAUGAGAAGAGAGAAACAAUGGUUGGAACGCCUUAUUGGAUGGCUCCUGAAGUCGUCACUCGAAAGCAAUAUGGAAAGAAAGUUGAUAUUUGGAGUUUGGGAAUUAUGGCAAUCGAAAUGAUUGAGGGUCAACCACCUUAUUUGAAUCAAGCGCCACUUCGUGCUCUUUAUUUGAUUGCUGCAAAUGGACGACCUGAAAUUAAGUCAUGGGAAAAGUUGUCGGAACCGCUCAAAGAUUUUCUUAAUUGUUGUUUAGAAGUUGAGGUUGAUAAACGUGCAUCAGCUCAAGAAUUGCUCGAUCAUCCAUUUUUAAGCGAUUUUGCAGAACUGAAAAGUUUAACGCCACUUAUACGAGCCGCAAGGCGCAUCCUAAACAGGGACAAAUAAUUUUCUUUAAAUCGUGCAACGAUGUUAAUGCUUAUGGUUGCUCUAAAUGUAAUUUCAUUCUUAUGCUUAUCGCAAGAAAAAGUAUUUUUAAAACCGAUUCUUUCAAUCGGAUGCUCAUCCAUCACAUUUAUUCAUCUUAACUUUUUUUGAUAACUUAGUAAGAUGGAUGUGGUUGGAAAUAAAGUGUUAGAAAAGGGGACGAAGUCAAUUGAUUUAAGUUUAAGAACAUUCUUUCAGUUCAGAUAUUAUUGUAGAGUGAAUGACUAACAUACAUGAUUACAUAAACUUAUCACUCGACAACAACGCAAAUGAUGUUUUUAAGUAAAUAAACAAUGCAAUGACUGAACGCACAGUUAUGAACAAAACACAAAUUAAUCGCAAUGGGGAACAAAAAAAAUUUAAAGCAAAAAAAAAAUAUCUAAAUUGUAAUGGAGAAAUAGAAGAAGAAAUUGGUUUAUUGUUGUAUAAUUCAAUUAGAAGAUGUGAGUGAAAAAUUGCUCGCUGACGGUCUCAAUUACCCCCCGCGCAAUCAUCAAUUACCACAUCGCUUAUUUCUCUUAUUUUUGUAGAUGAAGCAAUUUUCAUUUAAAAUUUUAUGAAUGAUUAUAAAAAAUAGUUUUAUUCUUUUAUUAUUUUUAAGACUCUUAUUGCUCUUAUGCUCUAGCUUCUUUCAGAUUAGUGCCUUUGUUUGUGUAUCAUAAAUGAGAAUGAACAGAACUAUUUAGGAUUUUGUAAGGCCAGCAUAAACAUACAUAAAUAGUAUUAAAUGGUAUUGUAAUAAAUCUAUGCAGGAGACGCGAGACGUUUUUUCUGCUUCUUCUUUUUUUAAACUACAAUAAAAAGAGAGAAAAAUUAAUUUUUUACAACUUUGUAAGA